GGAGAAGCAAUCUUCACAGACAGGGCCAGCCACAGACGGAGGAAGACCCCAUCCGGGAAGGUGUCCUGUGACCCCACACGAUGCCUAGUGAAGAGGGCCACUUCGUCUAUGGGCACCCCAAGAGCGGGCACGGCCACUUCUACAUCACAGCUCAAGAGAUCGCAGGGAUUGGCGUCCUGACAGUGAUCCUGGGAAUUCUACUGUUCCUCGGCUGCUGGUAUUGUAGAAGACGAAGUGGAUACAGGAGCUUGAAGGACAAAAGCCUUUAUGCUGGCACUCCAAGCACCUUGACAGGAAGAUGUCCACAGGAGGGACUUGGUCACCAGGUCAGCAAACUGCAUUUUCUGGAGAACAAUUAUGAACCUGUGGUUCCCAACGCUCCACCUGCCUAUGAGAAACUCUCCACACAGCAGUCACCACCACCUUAUUCUCCGUGA